AUGCCUCACCGAGUUGACGAUCGUUCUCUUGCAGUCUCGUUCCAGGGCUUCUGGGCAUUCGAGGGAGGGGACAACGAGUUUGAAGGAACUACGUCUCGCCCACAACGACCUGGCGCUCGUGCUAUAUUCCAGUUUCAGGGAACGUCUGUGCAAAUAUAUGGAACAAUUGGUCGAGGAAGACGUAUUCCUGGGCUGUCUUUUGUUAUCGAUAACGGGCCUGUCACGUUUCAACGCUAUGCGCCCACUCAGGAAGUCCAAUAUGCCCAACUGUUCUAUGAAUCUCCGAUCCUUGCGAACGAAACACAUACCCUGGUUAUUUCCAGCGAAGAUGAAAGCAAUGGGAUCUGGCUUGAUUACUUCGAUAUCGAAGGCACGCCAGUGAUGCCCGCACCCGUUUCGAGUGCUGAAACCAAUCCCAGUGUCACUGUCUCUGCAAACACGUUUGCGAGCUCGGUGCCCGGGCCAACUCAGACGGUGACAUCUGAUGGAGAAACGUCGUCUUCAAGUGACGUUGGCUGGAUAUUGGCUGGACUUUUUGGCGGUAUCGCCCUGCUUCUCCUCGCCCUGGCCAUCAUAUGGUAUGUGAAGAGAAGGACUGGCGCUCCUGAUGGUACCUCGACUUCCUCCUCUUCGCGUACUUCAAGACGCACUCGUGCGGUCCUUCCGGUUUACAUGGGUUCCCGCAGUGUUCGGCAAGAUGGUUCGGUGUCGUCUACACCCUCCUCCUGGUUCCAUCGAAUCGAGAACUGGCGCUCGAACAUCCGGAAUCCAUCCCAUCGCCGUGAAUUCGCCUCUCUUAAUCAUUGA